AUGGAUAAAACACACAAUUACACAAGUACUUUUUACAUUUUAGAUUUUAAUUUAUGUCAAAAUUAUUCAAACAAAUUCUGGAGCUUUUUAAAACAAUCGCCAACUGAAGAUAUAAUAAUUAUUAGUUUUAAGAAUUAUUUCGAAAAAGAGCUAGUUCACUUGGUUAAAUUAAGUCUUAAAAAUGAAAUAGAAUGGAUAGAAGGUUAUAAAUUUAUAAAUUUGAAAAAUUUUGAGAACUGCCCAUUUAUUUUUUUAGUAAAAGGAUAUUUAUAUAACGAAAUUCAUGAUGUAUAUUUUAAAAAUAUUCAAAUUGCAACAAAAAAAGUUUAUGGAAAAAUAUAUAAAUAUAUUUUAAAAUCAUAUUUUUAUAAUUUUGUAAAAAAUAAAUGGAACCAAAUUAAAUUGUGCGAAAAUAUACAAACAGAUGAUAUUUUUGAGGAUAAUUUGAAUAUCUUUAAAGAGCAAAAAAAAAAAAAAAAAAAAAAAUAUGUUAAUAAAUUAGUUCGUUAUGAAUAUCCUUUUAAAAAUAGAAUUAUCCAUGCAUCAUCAAAUAGUAAUAUAUAUAACUAUUCGAUAAAUAAAAUAGUUUUGAUAAAUAAUUUUGUCGAUAAAAAUAAGCAUUAUUCUAUUACCCAUGAAAAGGCAAAUGCUAUAAAAAAUUUGAAUGGCUUGUUACGGACAUAUAGUAGCGAGUUGUGUUAUAAAAAAAAAAAUAAAGAUAAUAAUAAUUAUAUAUAUUCAUAUUUUGGAAAUAAAUUAUACAAUAAAAAUGGGAAAGAUUUAAAUAAUUUUAGUUGUAUUGCAUUUAAGAUUAAAAAUACAAGUUUGUGUGUAUGCUUGGCAAAUAUAGAUUUGUUUGAAUAUGUUGAUGACUUAAAUUAUUAUAAAUAUUUAUUUUCCAGAUAUAGAAAAGAAGAAAAUGUGGAAAAAAAUAAAAAUGCAAAAAGUAACUAUACGAAAUAUUGCCUAAAUUAUUAUGCUAUGUGCUGUAAGCAACUUUAUAAUUAUUUUAUAAAUAAGUUAAUUUUCGAAACACAAAAAAAAGAUAUUUGGUUAUUCAACAAUGAUAUUAUUAUUUUCUUAGGAUUUGAAAAAAAUAUCCUUAUUGAAAAAAAAAAAAAUGAAAUAAGGAAUAUAAUAAAUGAUUAUUCUAUUUUCCCUGACAAAAAUUUUAUUAUUCUAAAUAAAAAAAAAAAAAAAAAAUUUAUUCAAGCCAAAGCUUAUUCGACAUUAAUUUUUCCUGAUAAGGGUUUACAGGAAUUUAAAUUGAUUGGCUUUAGAGUUAUAUGCAAUUUAUUUAUGAAUAUUAAAAAUUAUAAUAACAUGAAUAAUAUUCAUAAUAAUAGUAUUAUAAAAAAAACUGAUAGCCAUAUUAAGAAAAAUGAAAUAAAAAAUUUUAUUUCACUAUCGCCAAAUUUUAUAGACUUGAAUGUCAUUCAUACUUAUCAAAUAUAUCAAACAAGUUUUACUUUAUAUUAUGAAUGUAAUGGAAUAACUUCUCGAAAUAUAUAUAUUUCAAAUAUUAAUCACAAAAAUAAUGAUUUAACAAGUACACAUAUUAAUGCUAAUCAUUCUAACACGUCAGGUUCUAAUAAAGUUGAAAAAAAACACACUCCAUUCAAUUGCGAAAAUGGGCCUAAAGCGAAAAGGGAACAUGAAGUAUUUGCCAAUGAACAAGAAAAUAAUAAUACAAAUAAUGUUGGCACAAAAGAUAGUCAGUUUUCAAUUUUGUGUGAAGAUAAUUUAAAAAAAAAUACAUUUGACAAAUGGCAUACUAAUAUAAGUAACAUUUUUAGUAAAAAAAAGAAUAGUACUAAAUCUGAAAUUGUAAAAAAAAACGACAAUGGUUGUAGAUCAUAUGAAAUAAAAAACUUAAAUCCUAAAAAUAUAAAAAAAAAUAAGGAUAUAAAUAUAUUUUGUAAUAAUAAUAGUGUUAAAAUUGGGGAUACAAUUCCAGAGAAACUGUAUUUUUCCAUACUUUGUUUUGAUAAAACAAAUAACUGUACUAUUCCAUUAAAUUUAUAUUCAUUUUUGCACGUUAAGGAAAAUAGUAUAUUCAAAUAUUUCGAGCAAAAUAUAUGUUUUAAAAAUAAUAAAAGUAACAUUGGUAAAAAAUAUUAUUUUGAUAUUUUAAGACAUAUAUGUAUUUAUCCAUAUAAAGGUGUUUUACAGCCAAAUAGUAAACAAGUAAUAAAAUUGCAUAUAUAUAUUGAACAUUUACUAAAAGAAAUUAAAAAAAUGGAAGGGUUUUUUGUUAUUAUAAUACAUAUACACAAUUAUAUGAAAAAUUUAUUUAUUACAUUUAAGUAUACUUUGAUAAAUAAUAUACUUUUUACAUUUAUAAAUGAAAAUAGUGAACAAAAAUCUGUAAAACAAAUUCAAAGCAAAUUAAAUUCACAAAAUGAAAAAAUAGCUAAAUUCAUUUACACACACACUAAAGCAAACUUAUCAAUACAUAAUCAAAUAAAAAAAACAUCAUAUAAUUUGAAACAAUUUAUAAUAAUAAAAAAGAAAUAUAAGAAAGAACGUAUUAAUAUGAAAAUAACUGUUAAUAAAAAUAAUUUUAAUAAAUUUUGUUCUCCUAAUUUUGAAAAGUUGUUUUUAUUUUUAUUUUUUACCCUAGAACAUUAUGAAAAAAAGUUGCACACUAAUGUGGAUGAACUAGAGGAAGAUGUUUUUUAUUUUUUAAAAACAUCAUAUAUAGAUAAUUAUAAUAUUAUUUAUUUAUUUGAUAAGUUUGCUGAUAACAAUUCAAAAGGAAAAAUUUACAAUUUGAAUUUUAUGAAAAAAAAUUGUUUAUUCCAAGAAAUGUAUAAAGGGACUAGUGAAGGGAGUAGCAAAUAUGAUAUGCAUAAAAUAAAUGAAUUCAUUUUAAAAAUAGAACGAAAUAUGAAAAUAGACGAAAAUAUUUCAAUAAAUUUGAUUUUAUUUUUAUGUGAAGAAUUAUUAUAUAUAAUAAAUAAAAGUAUGAUAUAUUUUAAUAUAACAGAUUAUAUAAGAAAUAUAUAUAAUAAUUUUUCUAUGAAUAAAAUAAAAAAAAUGAAUAUAAUUUUUUAUAAUAUUUUAAAACAAUCACCAUCUAUAUUUUAUAAAAAUAUUUUUUUACUUUUUAUUUCAUUUUUUAAAAAAUUAUUUUUUUAUUUUAUUCAAUUGUCUAUACAUAAUUUUUAUGUAUUGGUUAUGAAGAAGACACCAUAUUUUUUCCUUAAUACCUUAGAAAAGGAAAAGAAAAAAAAAGAAAAAAUUAUUCUUAAUUAUUAUUUCCAUGCCUUUUUGCAUGCUUUUCAUUUUUUUUAUGUAUCUUUUUUGUGUUAUUUAUCUUGUUUUUUUUUGAGUUUUUUGGAUAUAUCAAUAGCGCUUGAUUUAGCACACCAUAUACUAUUCUAUAUGUAG